CUGGCAGAAAAAAAAAGGUUGAACGAAACACGAUUGGACUCAAUUAGGAGUGCAGGUCCAAUCUUCGAGCCAUUAAGCCAAAGCCGGGCCUUCUCUUUGCCUCCGUUGUAUCGAUAGCAAAGAUGGGUGAGAGAAGCGAAAAGAAACGAAAGAUAUCCGAGGGGGAAUCCUCUCGGUCUCGCAAGAAGGCCAACAUUGCGGCACCUUCGCAACCAGAAACUAUCAAAGUCUCAUCGGUGAAAUCCGUCAAGAGCUGCCCCCCAGUUAUAGCAACGGCACCCGGACUCUCCAUACCAUCUUCCAUCGAGUUCCAAGCCUAUGCUAAAACCGCGCCAUCCACAAAAAGAAGCAAGAAACCUGCCCCUCAACUCGACAGUCUCUUUCUGCACUCGUCUUCCCACAGGACGCUCGACUACACGGCGAGAGAAGAUGGCGCAGCUGCGAGUGAAGCUCACCUGCGUCACUAUAUCGGAAUACUCGACCCCAUGACUGGACAAUUGUCCGUCAUUGAAGCCAAGAAGAUGGCUGUAAGAGGCAAAGUUCGAGCUCAGCAGGCCCCCGAAGAUAACAUAGCUGAGCGAACUGCCUCAAAGACACUUAUGCAACAGCGAACCGACCUAGGCGAAGCCUUCGGUACCAAGAAAGCACGGAAGGCCAUCGCUGAUAUCACACAAAACGCAAUCUCUUCGCACAAAUCUAUGCCUAAUGCCGAUGGAAAAACCAAGAAGCUUGACGCAAGCUCGAUGGCUAUAAUGGAAUCACUACAAGAGGUCACACAAGCGAUGGCCACGAGAGAGCAACUCCAAGCAGCUGUCGACGGUGCGAAGCCAGUGCCGCCAGGCAAUUUCGAUGCUGAGGAGAUCCAGGAUGUGUAUAAGCCUGAAGACUUGAUUGGAUUCGAAAUCCUAAACGCCAUUCCCAUUAAAGAUUGGCAAGACUCAAUAAAGAAGAAGGAGAAUCUCGAGACCCCCUUUCGCUUCAUAUCGAGUCGCAUUUACCCGAUUGCAGAAGGCCCGAACCCAGCCAAGAGACUGAAGAUAUUGCGGUACCUCAAUUUCCUCUUCGAAUUCUUCAAGGCCUGCAAGCCGGGAAAGGCAAGGGGAAGCUUAAGACUGCCACCGAAGGAGAAGCUUGCGGAAAGGCUAGCCGACGCCCCUCAGCCAGUCAUAGAGAGCAUCAGGCGAAAGUUCUCGCAGAAUGGAGAUGUGUCCAAAUUCCACAUUCAACUUCUCAGAACUUACUGCUGUGCGAUCGCAGCUAUAGUAGCAAACUACGAAUUCGAAACCAGUUACAUACGAAUGGAUAUGGGGUUGGACGAGAAGGAGUUUGCGAUGUACUUCCGCGAAAUUGGUGGAAAAAUUUCACAUCCCGUCUCAAAGGAUACGAAGGGGAAGAUGCAGUUCGCAAAGCUUGCUUUGCCGCUUGAAUUCCCCAAAGUCCGAUUCAUGGCGCCUAAGCGCCGUUGAUAAGUGGAGAGAAUUCAUCAUCAAACUGACCCACGCCAGACGCAAAGCGCAUGCACGCGAGGGCAUGACACCGGGUCUAGAGGACAACUAGCUGCAACGCCUCCACGAUUAGCAUUUGAUGCACCUUCUCUUGUCCGAAGGCAAUAAAUAUUUCUAGUAGCUGAGACUUUGUUGUUCAUAACCACCACCGCACACUAUUAUUCGGACUGACUGACGGACACGAUUCUAAGCACGUUGCAACGAUGCGCCGAAUGGAUUGAAAUGACGUGAUUUUGGACCCGUCCGGCAAGCCGCUUGAAAGCUUUGCAGUCCGGAACGAGUUGCGCUAAUGGCCGCCUGGGGGAGACUGUUUAUAUAGCGCGGAGUGAGCAUGGCUUGCGCUGAGAUACCAUUAAGAACUUGAGAAGUAGAGACCUUAGAUAUUUUUUGGUAUUACCUGGUAUGAUGUCCC